ACUGCGGCGUGCUUCUUUGACGCUGGGUUCAGCUCUACAACCAAGCAGAUGCUCCAUUAAGUCUUCCGUUUGAAUGGAGUAUGGGAAGGAUAUCGAGGAGAAAUUAAGUUAAAUGCAAACUUGCAGCCGCUUCUUUACAAGCAAAUGAUUGACUAUGUAUGGGAUGCUGUUCUCUUAUAAGCUCUGGGAUGUCCUUUCUUCCUUCUCAGCAUACAUCAUCGCUUUCUGCUGAUCCCCUCCGAUGCCAGCCUCAUUGCUAAGCAAUCUUUCUUUGGCUUUUCUCAUUUCUGUGGCUGUGAUUGCCUACCACUGCGUCGAACGCCGGAAUAGGGCGGUCAGCAAGCUCCAAUGCGCUCCGUUGGAGCAAGCUCAUUGGCUUUGGGGGCAUGAAUACGCUAUUUGGUCUUCAGAGGCCAACGUUAAGCACUCCCAGCACAGCAGGUGGGCCACAAUUUUAGGACCCUUGUACAGAAUCAAAGCACCUCUCUUCGGAAAUGAUGUGGUUGUUACCUCGGACAACACGGCUGCUCAGCAUAUCUUGCAACACUGCUAUCGAUAUGUCAAGGCGCCAGAGUUCCGACCGACAGCUGAGAGGUGGUUGGGCAAGGGUGUAGUUUGGGCUGAAGGGGACGAGCAUAAACAUCAGAGAAGACUGCUCGCUCCAGCAUUCACGCUUGCUGCAGUAAAGGGAAUGACGGACGAUGUCAUCGCAUGUGUAGAGAGGACUGCGAUAAGGCUUUCCAAGCACCUCGCUUCACAAGGCGGUGAUGCAGUUGUGAACUUGUCUCCAUUCAUCUCGUCAUGCACUCUCGACAUUAUCGGCCGCAUCGCGUUUGGUCACGAUUUUGGUGUGGGGAUAUCGGAGGACGCUCAAAACAUCGCAAAGUCAUGGCACCACGACGUGCUCCUGGCGCACACCUUUGCGGGAUUCUUCGCGCCGAUUCUGCUAGUCAAGUUUCCAUGGAUUCAGAAGCUUCCGAUAGCGGCGCUGAAAACAGACGGCAAGAGCUCUGGGAAGGAUAUCCUUUCGAUACUGUUGGAUAAUCAGAAGCACAACAGGAAAGAGAGCGAGCGGUUGUCUGAUGAGACUUUAAUGGUCGGACACGAGACGACUUCGUGCUCCAUAAUAUUUAGCCUGUACGAACUAGCCGGUCAACCUGAUGUCCAAGAAAAACUUCGCCGAGAAAUUCACGGACUCGGAAGCGAUUUGAAUUACGACAGUAUCAGCAACCUCUCAUUCUUGGACGCGGUAAUCCGGGAAGGACUUCGUCUCCAUGCGCCGUCUGCCCGCACGGACCGUGUUGCCCUAGAAGAUGAUGUUAUUCCCCUUAGCAGGUCCAUCGUCACAGCGAAGGGACAAACCAUCACCUCGCUUCCCAUCAAAGCAGGCCAGAUUAUCCAAAUUCCCACCUCAGUAUUGAACACUGAUCCGGAGGUGUGGGCUUCCUCGAGGGACCUGAUGAGCGGGAUUGCGUCCUUCCUCGAUGGACCACGGAACUGUCUUGGGUGGAGGCUUGCUGUUCUUGAGUUCAAGGUGAUUCUAGCGUUAUUGAUCAGGGAUUUCUCCUUUGAGCGAACCGGCGCGAAAGUGGAAGAGUUCAGGGCAGCGACCACACAGGCUUUCGUUGGAGACGAAGUGAUGAUGCCCCUUCGUGUCAGUUUGGCACAGUAGCAUUCAUAGCAGAACGAUACAUUAAAUAAUACUAUU